GGGAUCUCACCGAUGUCGAACUACGCUGAUGUCGAACCCAAUUCGGGUAGGUUUACAUUUACUGUUAUUCAAGAAUGAAUGGACAUGUAUUCGUACGUGAAGAAAAACAUGAAUUCUGUUUCUUUUCUGGGUGCUUUACAACAGUAUUCUUUCAAGAAAGUUGAACAUUACAAGUGUGAAACCCAGUACUGCAUUUUCUUAAUAAUAAACGUCACCAAAUUUAGAAUAAUGGUGCGUGCUUGACUCGGCAAAAAAAGGGAUGAUGUGCUUGUUCACAUUAGGACCAGAAUAUGCUAAUAUUGAGGGAUGUCAUGUAAGUUACUGGUCUACAGAGCCCUGGCUUCAAGUCAACCAUCCUAGCAGUUUCAGAAUUUAAUGGAUAAAUUCCAGCUCCAACCAUUCUCAUCUCAUCUGACUAUCUGAGCCUUGAUUGUAGUUCAGUUGCUGCUAGAAAUGGCAGACUGGGUCUUAUCCCCAGCUUUACAAGUGAUCUUUGACAGAAUAGCAUCCCCUGUCAUAGAAAAGUUUGCUGACAUGUGGGAUUUCAAGGACAACCUCCAGAGCCUAAGAGAGACCUUGAUGCAGAUUCUACCUACUCUCGAGGAUGCGGAAGAGCAACAAUUCUCCAACAAAGCUGUCAAAAUUUGGUUGUCAAAGCUCGAGAAGGCAGCUUAUGAUGCUGAGGACGGACUGCACUACUUGACUGCUAAAUUGACUGCUAAAGGUGUGAUCCCUAGCAGUUGUUUUCAAUUUCUUGAUCUUAAGACUGAUUCCCGCAUUAAAGAGAUGCUUCUGGCAUUAGAAACAACUGUAAACGAGGGACUUGUUAAGUUUACUUUUACAAGGCCUAAUAUGGUAGAUCGUCGAUCUUCCGUGUGGGAGACUAGCUCUUUUGUCAUCAAGUCACAGAUAUAUGGAAGAGAUGAUGACAAAGAUAAGGUCGUGAAACUGUUGCUGUCUUCUCAAGCUUACCAGGAAGGAUAUGCAUCUUGUAUCGCAAUAGUUGGUAUUGGAGGAAUUGGUAAGACCACUCUUGCUCAAUUAGCAUAUAAUGACGAGAGAGUAAUCCAAAACUUCGAUGUUAGGAUGUGGAUUUUUGUCUCUGAUGAUUUCAAUGUCAAGAAGAUCAUGAAGACAAUUAUCGAGUCAGUAACGAAGGAUGAGUGCAGGUUCUCAGACAUUGAACUUCUUCAGUCUCAGCUUUGGCAGUUGCUGCACAAUAAAAGAUACCUCCUCGUGUUGGAUGAUGUUUGGACUUCGCAUCACAAUGACUGGGACAAACUAAAACCUUUGUUUAGAGGGGGUGUUGAUGGAUGCAAAGUCAUUGUUACCACCCGCAAUACAAAAACCGCACUCAUGACAGACUCCCCAAAUUCCCCUUUUCAUUUGAAGGGCUUAGAGGAGGAGGAUUGCUGGGCUUUGUUCAAGCAACAGGCUUUUGGGCGAGGAGAAGAAGAGAAAUAUCCACACCUUUUGCCAAUUGGUAAGCAGAUUGUCAGAAAAUGUGGAGGUGUGCCAUUAGCAGCAAAAAGUUUGGGAAGUGUAAUGCGCUUCAAAAGAAAUCAACAACAGUGGUUGUUUAUGCAAAAAACUGAACUUUGGAAAUUGGAUGUGGGCGAACAAGACAUUCUUCCUGCCCUGAUGUUGAGUUACUUUUACCUACCAUUUCAUCUUAGAAGAUGCUUUGCCUCCUGCUCAAUAUUUCCAAAAGGUUAUGAAUUCAACAAGCACAAGUUAAUUCAUCUGUGGAUGGCAGAAGGCUUAUUAUUGGAAGACGGUAGCAAGAGACCUGAAAAUGUUGGUGAUGAAUACUUCACCCAUUUGUUGUGGAUGUCUUUCUUUCAAGAAGUAGAUCGAUGUGAUGGUGGAGGUGUAAUUGGGUACAAAAUGAAUGAUGUCAUUCAUGACCUCUCACAGUACGUUGCAGGGAACACAACCAUGAUACUUGAAAAUGGUCUCCAACCAAAGAGUUUAGAAAAAAUUCGCCACUCCUCUGUUGUUUAUAGAUACAGAGCAAUUACAAUUCCACGAGCUCUGUAUGAAGCACAACACCUGCGAAGUCUGUUAUUUAUUGGAGAAUCUGGCUUGAUAAAGAACAUUCAUAAAAUCUGUUCAAGUUUUGUAUACUUGCGUAUGCUAGAUCUGAACAGUUGUGAUGUUCAUAUAUUGCCAGAAUCAUUGUGCGACUUAAUAUGUUUGAGAUAUCUUGACCUGUCUUACACACCUAUAUUAACGCUUCCUGAUUACAUUUCAUGGAAACUCGUGUCUCUGCAGACUUUAAACCUACUUGGUUGCCCUAAUCUGAAGCGUUUGCCAGACUUGGGAGGCAUGACAGGCCUAAGACAUCUUGAUAUAACUGCAUGCAGAAGUUUGACUCAGAUGCCUGAGGGUUUUGGAGAACUACAUCAACUUGAGACAUUGCCAUUGUAUGUUAUUAGCUACGACGGCAAGGCCCUUGAGCUGGGUGGUUUGAAUCUUUAUGGUAAGUUGAAUCUCACACACUUGGAAAAUGUAACAAAGGCAGUAGAAGCGAAAUCAGCAGGAUUGAGGAUGAAGGAGAAUAUCGAGUCAUUGGGACUAUAUUGGAGAGGCGAAGAUGUGGAUGAGUCAAUCAUGGUAAAACCAACAAGAAGCAGUCAUCUCAGGAUCACAGAGAGUGCCACAGAAUUCUGACCCUGUGGA